AUGUACGCAGAUCUUGCAAACAAGUUAAUCCGUGAUGCUAAACGUACUUCAAGGUUGAACGAGGUUCCUGCUUAUCAGUCCGAUCUCGUUAAAGAUAUUCUCAAGGAGAUUGCAGAUCUUAAUGUGGAUGCAUCAUACCUUGCAGACUAUCUGGAAAUGCAAGAGAAUGAAGGUGAUUACAAUGAAGAGAGUCAGAAGAUCAAUCAGUGUCAAUUAUUUGUAACUCAUUUAUCGAUGCGACGGAAUAAAAGGUGUCUUUUGGCAUAUGAAAGGCUAAGGGCCGAGAAAAUUGACGAAUUUGCAUGGCUAAACAUUGAUCCUAUAGAGCCUAAUAACGAGAAGAAAAAUAAGCUGCUGAUUAAAGAACCUGACGCAUUUGGAAUUUAUACGUAUCAAUUGUUACUAGAAAACUUGAAUCCAGCAGAACAGGAAUAUUUCAAGAAUUACCAAGACCUUCUUUUGCAUUAUAAAACUCAUUUUUCUGAUAUAGAUCUAUCUGGCAAUUUGGAACCACCUAAAAACAUCUUUACUGAUGUUAGAGUUUUAAAGGAUGGUGGUGAAAUACAAACAGAGUACGGUGUUUUUAAUUUGAUCAAGGACUCCCAAUUUUACGUCAGAAAGUCGGACGUGGAAAGAUUAAUUCAACAAGGCUAUCUUGAAGAAUUAUGA